AUGAAUGAUUAUUGCGUGAAUUGCUAUAAUUUCUGUGCCAUUACUUGUCAGUCAUGUAAGGCCUUCUUUCGAAGACAUGCCUUUAAAUAUGAGAAAUACAAAUGUCGUUACAAUAAUCACUGUGUGAUCGAUGUCUUAAACAGGAGGUUAUGCCGAAGAUGUCGGCUCUCAAAGUGUUUUGCCGUCGGAAUGAAUAAAGAAUGGAUACUAACCGCAGAGGAAAAGGAGUUCCGAAGACAACAAGUGGAGGAAAACAGAAAGUAUAGGGAAAGUAAGCGAAGACUUAAAGACAUGGACUCUAUGGCAGAGAUUCAUAAGUCAUCCGAAAUAUCAAAUACGGACACAAAUUCAUGCAAUAAUGACAUCAAAUCACCGGUAGAUUUAAAUAGUGAUACAAACACUGCCGACACUGACUUCGGAUCUCCCGAUACAUCAAAUGCGGAAACAAACGAGAGCUCUGUGUGUGAGUUAACCGCCGAUGAGAUCAGAGAUUAUAUUAUGGAAAUUGAAAACUUUAUCGGCGACGAGACUAUCGGCCAAAUGGACAACAGUAUAGCCCAACGCACUAAUAGCCGACGCCAUACAACUCAAGAGUUGGUGCCAAUCACUGCAACAGUUCCCAUACCUAUUGACGACUACAAGAAUCUAAACAAUAUUGAAUUCAAUCGCUUGAAAGAGUUGAUAAACACAUCCAUAUUUACUCCAGAGUUUGAAAGCUAUAGAAAAACGAGAUCCACUUAUCCCGAUGACAACCCAUUGCCCAAGUUCAAUUCAGUAAUGGACCUUGUUCAUAUGGCCGGACAAGGGUUUGAUAGCUUUAUCGAGACUUACAUACAUCACACGAAACGGCUGACAGCGUUUAGCAGCAUAUGUCCGGACGACCAAAUGACCAUGGUUAAGUAUAGCAGCCCCGAGGCCAGUUUACUAAAUGGUGUUUAUUAUUAUAAUUACAAUAGCGAGUGUUGGUUAAUGAAAAGGGGCAAUGAAACAUCUGUUAUGCCAUUGGAUUUAUAUAAAGAAUUUUCCGUAGAAAUGCAUGACUUGUUUAAACAAGUGUUGCUUAAAGUGAUCGAUGCAAUUGAUGGAGAUCAUCUCAUAAUGAAUAUGUUGGUGCCUCUGCUGCUGUUCAACGCCGACCGGCCAUACAUUUCCCAUAAAGAGACUGUUAUAUUUCAACACAAACUAUACGCGUAUUUACUUCAACGGUAUCUAUACGUGAAAUACGGCACAGAAUCUAAUGUAAAGUACGGACAAGUGUUGGCUAUUUUACACGAUAUAACAUUAGUGAUGGAAAUGUAUAAGAAAGCCAUAAAACAUAUGUCACAAAAUUCACCGCUUUUGGGGCCACUUUUGAAAGAGAUUCUCGAUAUUGAACAUGAUACAUGUAGCCGCGGAAAGUCUUAUUCCCGAUUACAGGACUGA